CCCAUCAGGGUCACCCGACCUCCUCACAUUUGGCUCUCCCUGGUUGGAAACCCCUGGCGGACACCCCUACCACUGACAGGUGUGCUCAGUAGAGGCGACCUGGUCUCAGGGUACUACAAGUCCAUCCCCACCAUCAGGGGCCCUGGUGAACAAGUACCCUGGGGCUUAGAUUCCGCGCUCUGGGCACGCCUGACCGUUGGAGUGCUAGUGGUGCCGCUCGGCGGUCCCUCACAGUACCAGAAGGCCAUGACUGAGCCUCGAGGAGGACUCACCCCCCGUUGGACGAGGUGUGCAGGCACCUGUCUACCCUGACGCAAGCUGUAAACACAUUACAGGAAAGAUGUCUGCAGAUCGAGAAUCGG